GCGCAGAAACCCUACCAAAACCCAAGCAGCGACUUCUCUGCGUCCUAACAUUUUUUUUUUCCAAUGGCACGAAAUGUUUUUGUCUCGAAUUCCUUGUUCUUCAAGGCAGUCUCUUCUCCAUAAAAUCUUCCGCUGCAUUUUCAAACCUCUCGAAUCGAAAAGAACCCUAGAUUCUCAUCCUCUUCCUUUCGCAAAUUAUCGUAGUAAAUGGCUCAGAAAUGUGCAAUUGGUAUAAUCUCGGCCAUAGCAGCCUCUGCUUCGCUCGCGCAAUCCAAAGUCGCUGCCGCAGAUGGCCCUUUCAAUUUCAUCUCCGGUUCUUCGUCCGCUUCGCCGAGUACUCAGCAGCCUUCUCCGCCGCCGCAAUCUCAGCAGGCAUCGUCCUCGUCCGGCGGAGAGUCCCCGGCAGCCCCGAGGGUUCGGAAUGAUCAUCCGAGGACAACGUCUGCUGGGUUCGAUCCAGAAGCGCUAGAGCGAGGUGCUAACGCCUUGAAGGAGAUCAAUAGCUCUUCUCAGGCUAAAAAGGUAUUCGAAGUUACAAAGAAGCAAGAAGAGACAAGGCAAGCUGAGUUUGCUGCAAAGGCGCAAGAAUUCAAAGCAAUGAAAGCCCAAGCUGAAACUGAGAGACAAAGGGUGAUAUACGAUGAACAGAAAAAACUUGCUCAGCACCAAGCACAAACAAAAUCGCAGAUGGCUCGUUAUGAAGAUGAGCUUGCAAGAAAGAGGAUGCAGGCAGAAAACGAACUUCAAAGAGCAAGAAAUCAAGAGCUUGUGAAAAUGCAAGAAGAAUCAUCGAUCAGGCAGGAACAGGCUCGAAGAGCUACCGAGGAACAGAUCCAGGCACAGAGGCGACAAACGGAGAGGGAAAAGGCUGAAAUAGAACGAGAAACGAUUAGGGUCAAGGCUAUAGCUGAAGCUGAAGGGAGAGCUCAUGAGGCAAGGCUUGCCGAAGAUGUUAACAGGAGAAUGCUUGUAGACCGUGCAAAUGCAGAAAGGGAGAAAUGGGUUGCCGCCAUAAACACUACGUUCGAUCAUAUUGGAGGGGGCUUGCGAGCCAUUUUGACGGAUCAGAAUAAGCUGGUUGUCGCUGUUGGUGGUGUAACUGCUCUUGCAGCUGGGAUCUACACAACUAGGGAAGGUGCGAAGGUUAUCUGGAGUUAUGUAGACAGAAUAUUAGGACAACCUUCCCUAAUAAGAGAAUCGUCGAGAGGAAAGUACCCUUGGUCUGGUGUGGUUUCUCGUGCCAUGUCAACUUUACGGGCUGGUAGCAAGGAGUCAGGGUCGAAAACUGGGAAUGGUUUUGGCGAUGUUAUUUUGCAUCCAUCUCUUCAAAAGAGAAUCGAGCAACUAGCUAAUGCAACUGCCAACACGAAAUCCCACCAGGCACCUUUCCGAAACAUGCUUUUCUAUGGCCCUCCAGGAACUGGGAAAACAAUGGCUGCGCGGGAGCUGGCUCGUAAAUCCGGUUUGGACUAUGCAUUGAUGACUGGUGGAGAUGUUGCUCCGCUUGGACCUCAGGCUGUUACAAAGAUACACCAACUAUUCGAUUGGGCCAAAAAGUCUAAGAGAGGCUUGUUGCUCUUCAUUGAUGAAGCUGAUGCAUUUUUGUGCGAGCGGAACAAAACAUACAUGAGUGAAGCUCAAAGGAGUGCACUGAAUGCCCUACUCUUCCGGACCGGUGACCAGUCCAAGGACAUAGUCCUAGCACUAGCCACUAACCGUCCUGGUGACCUUGACUCAGCCGUGGCUGACCGUGUUGAUGAAGUUCUCGAGUUUCCAUUGCCAGGAGAAGAAGAGCGUUUCAAGCUUCUGAAGCUCUAUCUUGACAAGUACAUUGCCCAGGCUGGUCCGAGAAAACCGGGUUUGUUCUCCGGCCUAUUCAUGAAAGAGCAGCAAAAGAUUGAGAUAAAGGGCGUCACCGAUGAAAUUCUGAAGGAAGCGGCAGCAAAAACAGAGGGAUUUUCCGGUAGAGAAAUCGCGAAAUUGAUGGCCAGCGUUCAGGCGGCGGUGUACGGGAGCGAGAGCUGUGUGUUGGAUCCGAACCUUUUCAGAGAAGUUGUUGAUUACAAAGUUGCAGAGCAUCAGCAGAGAAGGAAACUUGCCGGAGUUGAUUCCGGCAACGAGAAGAAAUGAACAGACGAGUGUUGAUUUCAUAUUAUUGUUUCUCCUUGGUAUGGUUGCAACUUGCGAGGAGAGAUUUUGUUAUUAUUGUUUAGGGUUCUUUUUUAUUGGUUCCCAGCAGACAAAUUUCAUGAGCCUCCUCGGUUCUAUGUGGAUCUUCGAGUAAUCUUCAAUUCAUCGGCUAUAACACCAUUGUGGGCAAACGACCAGAUUCAUCAUC